AUGAAUUCCUCUGUAUUUGUUGUUCCAGUCAGAUAUUCAGUAUUACAUAAGAAUGAUGGUUUAAUAAUACUUACAAGUUCUAUAGUGCCCAAUCUUAAGAGCUCUGAUAAAGCGGUGAGAACAAAAUUGAGUCUGGAUUGUGAUACCUCACAACAACUCUCCUAUGCAUCUACCCAGAAGUACAGACAAAACAGAGAGUGUGUUCAGCAAUCCAAGAGGAAGCCACUGCCUCCACUACCUCCCCAGGCUUCAGAAGAACACAAAGAGAACAUCACAGUCAUUGCACUCUAUGACUUUUUUGCCAAAGGACCCUCUAACUUGGCACUCAAGAAGUCAGAAGAAUACAUUAUCCUUGAGAAGUAUGAUCCACACUGGUGGAAGGCAAGAGACCAAAAUGGGAAUGAAGGCCUAAUUCCCAGCAAUUAUGUAACUGAGAACAAGAGAAGUAAUUUAGAAGCAUAUGAGUGGUAUUUAAAAAAUAUAAACAGAAAUCAGGCAGAAGAACUACUACGGCAGAAGUCCAAGGAAGGUGCAUUUACUGUCAGAGAUUCAAGCCAACAGGGAGCCCUUACACUGUCUGUAUAUUCACGACCUAGAGGAAGCCAAAACGGAGAUAUCCGACAUUAUCAAAUUAAGAAAGACCAUUCAGGAAAGUAUUAUGUAGCAAAAGAGUAUCUUUUUUCAACUAUUCCUGAACUUGUCCAGUAUCACCAGCAUAAUGCAGCAGGUCUCAUCACACGCCUCCGAUAUCCAGUUGGAAUAGUGGGAAACUGUUUACCAGCAACUGCAGGAUUUGGUUAUGAGAAGUGGGAGAUAAAUCCAUCUGAACUGACUUGUAUGAAAGAACUUGGCCGUGGCCAGUUUGGAGUGGUUCAGCUGGGUAAAUGGAAAGCACUUGUCAAAGUUGCCAUUAAGGCAAUCAACGAAGGUGCAAUGUCUGAAGAUGAUUUCAUCGAGGAAGCUAAAGUGAUGACGAAACUGUCCCACCCAAAGCUAGUACAGCUAUAUGGAGUAUGCAUACAGCACAAGCCUCUCUACAUAGUGACAGAGUUCAUGGAAAAUGGCUGUUUGCUCAAUUACCUUCGGCAAAGACAUGGGAAGCUUAACAAAGAAAUGUUAUUGAGUAUGUGUCAGGAUGUAUGUGAAGGGAUGGUAUAUUUAGAAAGAAAGAAAUUUAUUCACCGUGAUUUAGCUGCAAGGAACUGUUUAGUCAAUGCUGAACACAUAGUUAAAAUAUCUGACUUUGGAAUGGCAAGGUAUGUUCUUGAUGAUGAGUAUAUCAGCUCUUCAGGUGCAAAAUUUCCAAUCAAAUGGUCAUCUCCUGAGGUUUUUCAUUUCAAAAAGUACAGCACCAAAUCAGAUGUGUGGUCAUUUGGAGUUUUAAUGUGGGAAGUUUUUACAGAAGGAAAAAUGCCUUUUGACAGUAAGUCAAAUUCUGAAGUUGUCCGUGAGAUUUCUGAAGGAUACAGACUUUAUCGACCAUAUCUGGCCCCACUUCCGGUGUACAAAGUCAUGUACAGCUGCUGGCAUGAGAAACCUGAAGGCCGUCCUGCUUUUGUAGAGUUAUUACAAACCCUCACAGAUAUAGCAGAGACUGGAUAACCCGAGGUUCCAUACAAAUCCAUUUUUGUUACAGAAUUAACAUAAAGGUCCUCCAUGGAACGGUUGAUAUAGUUAUCCAUCUUAUCUGGUUACGGUAUACUCAGCAGCGGUUUGGAUACUGAUGACUUGCACAUUCAGUUAAUUUCCAUUGUUAGUGUUUAUCAGAGUUUUGGUCUGUUGGAAGAAAAUAGCUCAGGAGAUUGGCAAUGGGCUUUUAAGCUUUUUUGCUUCCACAUUACUCAGUUCAAACCGAGUCCAGAUUUGCCAAACAAUUAAUUGCCAAGUUUGUGGCAAUCAGGUCUUGUACACCAUAAGGGAGGAGCCAGGUUAUCUUGUGGUUUGGGACACAGAGCUCCAAAUGAUACCUUUUGCUUUUUAUGGCACACUAAAUUCUGCAACAGUGCCACUGAUUUUGUUAAUUAGCAUGAUUGAGACUGGGAGAUAGGGCUGGAUGGCUACAAGGGAGACUUAAGUACCCGUAGUGAACCUCUGCAGAGUAGUGAGCUGCAUUUGAAGACAUAACCUUUGAUACCACAACACAGAUUUCCAUCACUUGAAGUGAAGAACAUUUCUUAAAUGCAGGAUCACAAAUACGCUAUAAUUGACCAGAUGACCGGCCAUUUAGAGAGAGACAAGACAUAGCCAAUGAGCCUCAUCUCCUUGGAGAAAAGGCAGCUGUUCUUAAGAGGGUCUUAAGCCUAUUCUGAAUGCAGUGUUAUGAACAAUGUAGAAGUUGAAUAGCUGAUAACAGUACCUAUCACAUGGAGCUCAUUCCUGUAUUUCUUCAGAGCACCAAAUGACAACCAGAACCUUGAGUAAGCUGCUUCUUGCUUCUUCAGAAGGUUUUACCAUCCUCUUUUCCAGCCUUUGCUGCUGCACAUGUGCCUAGCUCCCCUGUUGUUUCCUUCAGCAGUGAUGCUGACUUCCUCUUGUGGAAUAUCUAAAAUGGCCAGCGGACAAGCCAAAGAGGUGGAAGAUGGAAACUUUGCAAAAUUUUAUUUGUCAGAUAAAUCCAAAGUCAUGGCAAAAAGAUAAAAUAGUUGUGUGACCAAUACUUGUUAUCCUUGGUACCCUGUGGAUAACAACUGUAUUGGUGAUUUUGUAUUUCUUCUUCUAUGGUAUAUAUGGAUUGACAAAUAUUAAGGCUACAUAAGUUGGUUGCUUCUAAGCUGAACUUGGAGAGAGAGCAUAGCACUAAAAAAAGCUAUAUAUUUGUAGCAUGUGAUUAAAUUAUGUAAUUAAACUAAUGCAUGUGUAUAUUUGAUAUUAUAGUACCUUUUCCAUAGAAAAAAUGUUUAAAUCUUAAAAUUGUAGAAUGAUUUAAUUCCACAUG